GGCAGCAGGAGGAACGCGAGCUUACCCAAUCAGCGCCCGCCCUGUUUGGCCGCCACGUGGAAGCAGGCGAUCGAGAUCUGGGAGACGGAGGAUCGCGAUGCGGGGAAGAGUGGCCCGUGGGCACCGCGCUGUGCGUAUGUACGCGACCGUCGCGACGUCCUCGACGCGUCUCUGCUACACGAACGGCGACUUUGUUUCACCAUCCCACUCGACGCUAGCAACGGCGCCGGCCAUUCCGAGAGACCAUGGGAGAGACAGUUUCAGACGCGCGCAAAAUUGAGAUCAAACCACCCGGUGUCUUUCAGUCGAGCUGUCACGGUGAUCAGACUGCUGGGAACAGCGAGUGGGGCUCGCAGCUAUCGCUCCGGACCUUCUGCUCACAGCGCACGUAACUCGCGUACUGGGCUCGCCAUGACAAACAUCGACGAGAAGCUCUCUGCUGACGGCUCGGACGUGAAAACCGUAGCACCAGAGACAGAGGAUGUGUUCGGGCCUGAAGAUGACCAUGACAUCCAGUACAAGACGCUCAGCUGGCAGUACGUCGCCUUCUUCAUGAUCGCCGAGAUUGUGAGCAAUGGUAUGCUCACAUUACCGAAUGCUAUGGCUACCGUCGGCAUUGUUCCGUCUCUAAUCCUGACCAUAUUCUUGGGCGUCUUCGGGCUCUUCACUGCGAAGCUCUUGAUUGACUUCAAGUUAAACCACCCGGAUGUACAUAACAUGGGCGACGCAGGCUACCUCAUAUUCGGACCCAUAGGGCGAGAAAUAUUGUCACUGGGGACUAUCAUAUUUGCAAUAUUCGGCGUAGGAUCUGAAUUGCUCUCGGGCCAACUGGCGCUCACUACACUGUCUAACAACGGCAUGUGCGCUGUCGAUCUCCUCCUAAUAUUCUCCGCGGCCACGUUCAUCCUCUCAUUGCCUCGGACCCUCGGCCGUAUGAGUUGGCUGGGCUUCGUCAGCACCAUAGCGAUUACUCUCUGCGGGUUGCUCGCCAUGAUCGGUGCUGGUGCGAACCCUACUCCCGGCCGCAUGCUGUCGGCCACAGUCCCUACGACUUUCUACAAUGCCUUCUUGGCUGUCACUGGACCUGUCUUCGCAUACGCCGGGCACUUUAUGUUCUUCAUCUUAAUCUCAGAAAUGCGUCAGCCUAGAGACGCAAUGAAGGCUGCAUGGACAUUGCAAGUAUUCUCAACAGCAUUCUAUGCCGUGUUCAGCGUCGUGGUAUAUGUCUACCUCGGCAACACUGUGCAAUCGCCGGCUCUCCUGUCACUCUCCCCCGUAUGGGCGAAGAUAACAUUUGCCAUUGGCCUGGUCAACUUUUUGCUUUCGGGCGCCCUGUACUCGCAUACGGCGGCCAAGCUCAUCUUCGUCCGUUUCUUCCGGCACUCCCGCCACCUCUACACCCACACUGUCCUCGGGUGGUCCGUCUGGACGUUCCUAUGCUUUGGCGCGACCGCGCUCGCCUUCGUGUUCGCCGCUGCGGUCCCCGUCUUCUCCGACCUCACAGGCAUCACGGCGUCGCUCUUCGCCUCCUGGUACACGUACGGCAUAGCUGGGUUUUUCUGGCUGUAUGACACGUACUACCUUGGCGGUGAGGGUGCGAAGGCAUUGAAGCGUCGGUGGGGAGGCACUGUGUUGUCGGUGCUUACUAUCAUCUCGGGGGCGUUUAUCUGCGUCGCGGGGACGUACGUCUCUAUCAAGUUGAUCGCUGAUGCGUACGCCAGCGGUACGGUUGGCAAGCCCUUUGCGUGUUAGAUGGUUCCUGUCGAUGCGAGAAUGGCUUCCUCUUUGCAUAUUAUAGCAUUAGGUCAGUCUCAGUCUCGUACAGUCGCUCAUUUAAACCUACGAUACAAUAUUACCAGCACACUACAUAGAAGUCUGAGUCACUUCGGAAACUUUACCCUGACCUCGCCUAUAUAUCUGACUAUUGACAAAUUCUUCGCCCAGCA